UAACUACUAGCUAUUUUUGGAGAUAGGUUAAUGCUUUUUGUUAAUAUUUCUAAAUUGCUUGUCAUGGAUGUCUUAUAAACAAAGGAGGUGCCGUCUGAUAUUAGAUGUUUUCCUAUAAUUGGUGUUAUUGAGAUAGUGUGGUAGCAUCGCCAGAUAUGGUAGAAAUUUGGGAUGUUACAGUUGGUAUAGCUGGUAUCAGAGCCUAGGUUUUAGAUCUCUCGGGGUGUUCACUGAUAAAUUAAGAUCCUAAAAACUUAAAUUUUGCCCUCUUCUAAAACAACUAAAUACAUGACCUAGAUUUAAUAACAACUAAAAAUUUGACACACUCGUGCAUAGUAGGAUGGGUUCCGGGUCAUGCAUUGCAUUCAGGCUUUUGUUAUGUGUUAAUUCCGAUUUUCGAGUUCUCUUAUCUAUAUGUUGUGGUGCCCGUUGCCAGGCCGUUGCCAUAGGAGGCUUACAGUGCCUUGCUUUAGGUACUUUUUAGUUGAUUUUUGUUUGAUGAUCACCUCCUUGUUGAAAGUUAGUAGUUGACUCCAGAAGUUCCCUUCGUAUUUGAUGAAGGGAACUUUUGAAAGGAAAAGUUUGGUCUCUUGUGCAACGCCUUAAAGGCAUGAAUACCAAUAUGUUUAUUGUUGGAUUUAGAUUUCCGUAGAUACAUCAAUAGUUUGAAAAUUUAUGUGGGUCCAAACCAAUAUGAGAAACUCUUUCCCCUUUCACGUCCUAUAAGCCAUAAUUCUACCGGGCAUUUUUAUUCCCAUUCACUUCUUUCUCUACAGUCUACCCAAACUUGUGCAUUUCUCCUGUGCGACAACCAUCAUCCAGUUUGUUUCUUAUUCGAUCUCAAUGAAGCCCUUUCAGUAUGUAUCUAGGACCUUUGACGCAAAUUGAUGCGUUUCUAACUCCAUAUAGAUUGCUUCUCAAUACAGUAUCCUUCAGAUUUAGUAAAAUUUCUUGUAUAGAUUCUUCAAUACCUAACUUCAAAUAUUCUGCGCCGUCUUUUAAAAAUGCCUACUCCCUGGUAUAUCCUUUUUAAGUUAGAAGAGUGCUAUUUUCCUAUCCUCUAAGAUAAAAUUUUCUUUUUCAAGUUGCUCUUGAUCUCCAAUGUGGCUCUUUGACCCAUGUUGUCUGUCAAUGGUAUUUGUAGAAUCAUACGCAAUCCUAAGAGAGAAUGAAGGACCAAUAGCGUAGUUUUUGUAGGCUCCGGAUAAUGGACAAAUGGGAAACAACCCUGAACCUUGUUUCGUGCCCAUGAGAUCAUUUCAUGAAGUGUGUGAGGAUGUCCGAGAGUUAGGUUGCGCGAUUCACUUAUUCACGUGCAGAGUGAAUAGUUUGGGUGCGGGAUGGAUUGGCCCCCAUACCGACUACUCUUAGGAUUCACUUAUUCACUUAUUAUUUGCUCUUGUUACGCUGAAGUGGUGAAUCCAUGUGUGCCUUUACCCUUUAGACAACCGACUAUGUGCAGCCUGGACCAUAGAAUGGUAAUACGUUCAACCUUUAAUAGAGGCAAGCGCUGCCAAGCGUAGGAGCUGCGGUGAGGAUAAACCAAGCCGAUAUUUUCAGGUUAUCUUAGGAAACAUCUCAGUUUAGCCCACGAUGCGAGUUUCUGAUAGUUUACCUAGUGUUCCCUAGUUGUGUUGCAAAGUUGAAUGCUGAUGGUGGAGCGAUAACAACUACAUUCUUCACAAGGAUUUUAGGAUUGACAAUGUCAAAUGAGGUUUUUUUUUUCUGACCAAGAUGCUUAUUUCUAAGUCCUUUGAAUGUGUGCUGAAUUCCUAAUUUUAGUUUUACAUGGAGAAACUCCAGGACCAUCACAUCAAUAAUAUAGAGUGGUACCUUGAUUUAAAAUUGAGUCUAGUGGUCCAGUCAACCGAGCAUUGGAAGUCGAGAAUUCGAGACUGAAUUCUAUUAAAAGUGGGGAGAGUAUAAUACCCUGGAUUUUUUUUAUUAAAAAUAUCUCUGACAUAAAAUAAAUAUAGUUGAUCAAGAUUGGCUUUUGUUUUCUUUUGUUCACCGCACGUCGUGUUCUUCUUGUUGAACUCCUAAAAAAAAAACUACCGGACUGUUCAAUUUUGAGGUCAUACAAACAACCCCUUAGCCUAGCACCGCCGGUGAUCCGAGCUGCGGCUGAAUCUUCCCCGCUACGCCCCUUAUCUUUCUCUCGGUUUCAGGUAGCGAGGCAAUGCGAGCAGAAAUAGAAGAAUCAUGGCCCCUGCAGUGAUGUGCUUCUGAAAUGGAAGAAACGAGAGCAGAAAAAAGAGGGUUAUAAAGAUUGCUACAUUCGCCGUGUAAAAUUGCCCCAAUACUGAAUCACAAAAACCCUCUUGGCCCUAUGCCACCCCGAAGGCUUCGCGAAUCGCCUUCACCGCCCUCACCGAUUCUCCUCAAGAAAUCUAAGUGUCAUGCCGGUGCCCACCUUGCCCGCCCCCUGGAGCGCAUCCGCAUGCUGCUGAACAAGUUACUGCAACAUGAGGAUGGGUGGGUUUUCGCCAAGCCGGUGGAUUCACUCAGCCUUGGCCUGCGUGACUACUACUCUGACAUAUAUGACCCCAUGGAUCUUGGCACUGUCAGCCGCCGCCUUGACGGCAAUCGCUACAUGGACCUGCACUCAUUUGCCAGAGAUGUGAGACUUACCUUCCACAAUGCCAUGGUCUACAACGACAAGGGCGAUGAUGUGUAUGAGAGCGCAGCCGAGCUCUCUGAAAUCUUCGAGUCAGGGUGGGCCUCCAUUGAACAAGAGCUCCCUUCGCCGCCAUCAAUCACAGACCGGAGGAUGAAGCUCAAGGAUGAGCUGCCACGGCUUUCGAAGGGCUUGCAGAGGAGAGCAGUCGUUAUUAUGAAGGACAUAAACGCGUGGCUUCAGGAGGCGAAUGGGAAGGUUCAGGUGGAUUUCGACAAGGCGGACGAGGCAACUGUUGACAAGCUCGAGUGGCUGGUUCUCUUGGGUGCCAUGCAGCAGGAGGAAGAAAUGCUGGAUAGUCCCAGAAGCUGUGAUGCAUGAUUUUACAUCAACUGUUUCUUGUUCUUUGGAGUUGCGUGCUUUGCCCGCCAUCAGUUGUGUCUCGGUUCCAAAUGUUGCUGGCUGAAAUACCACUUUCAUUUCUAUGAAUGAACAUCAGUAUAUGAUAUCUAAGAUGUACUAGCACUAGAUA